GCCAUCUUGUCGGAGGUCGGUGUCCAGAGCAGGCGAAGGUGCUGCAUCGCAGUGAGACGCUCGGAGAGAUGGAGGCGGAGCAGGCUGACUGUGAGCUCCUGUAGACGGGGGAGGAGGACACACGCGCCGGGGAGGCGAGCCAUGACUGAAGCCCGUUAGAGAACUGAUCGCAACCAGCGCGACAUGAGACCAGUCCCGUGUUGAGCCUCUCCUCGGCGGGUUGGCAUGGCCCAGUGAUGAACGGAGCGGUGGUGCCCGGUAGCCCGGAACUCUCCUCCUCGUGCCCACUGCCUGACUGGCGAGAGUUCUGCGAGCUCCACGCUCGAGCUUCUGCUGCCGACUUUGCCGAUAAAUUCCAGCGUUUCCUGUCGGAGAACCCCUGCUACGACUCGCCCGGCGCUGAUGCCAGCUUCUCGCAACACUUCGCUCACCACUUUCUGGAAUGUUUUUCAGCGGCGCUGAGCCAAGCGCGGGAGAACCAGACGUCCUCUCCUGGUGAGGACGGAAUAAACUCAGCACCAAAGUACAGUAUCGUUCCAUUCCUCGGGAUCCAGGGCUGCCCUUUGUCGUACGGACAAGAGCUUUAUCAGAGACGUAAGGACGCUGGGGCUUCGAGCGAGUCCCUGGACAGCAUGGACAGUGGAGGUCUAGAUCCGGGCAGCGGGGCCACAACGGCCUCCAGAUGCUCACAGCCCACUCACAAGGUGUCCGCUUUAGGGCACUCGCGCAGCUCAGAGGAUGUUUCGGUGAGCCACCCCAAAGCCCGCUUCAAGAAGGGCUUCUCCCUGAGGAACAUGAGUCUGUGCGUGGUGGACGGGGUGAAGGAGAUGUGGCAUAGACGGGCCUCACCAGAGCCUGACGCACCCACUGCCCCCAGGAAAGCAAACGGAGGAGCAGCGGGGGAGCAGGCAGCAGGUGGCGAAAGGUGGUCGCAGAAGCUGCGACUCCCCAGGGGAUCCCAGGGCCACAAGGCUGAGCUCCUGGAGAUCCAGAGGGACGGGGCCCUGAGGUACAUGGUGGCCGACGACACGAACUGUAUGGGAGCGGCUCAGUGGCAGAAGUGUCGUCUGCUGCUGAGGAAGACUAAAAGAGAGGAGGGGGGAGAGCGGUUCCUGCUGGAGUUCUAUGUCCCACCAAAGUCUUCAAAGCCCAAGGUGAGCAUCCCUCUGUCGGCCAUCGUGGAGGUGCGUACCACCAUGCCGCUGGAGAUGCCGGACAAAGACAACACCUUUGUGUUAAAGGUGGAGAACGGGGGCGAGUACAUCCUGGAAACCAUCGACUCGCUGCAGAAAAACUCCUGGGUUGCCGACAUCCAGGACUGCAUUGACCCUGGCGACAGCGGGGACGACAUCGAGCUGGCGUCGUGUCCUCACGGUCAGGCCUCCAAAGACUGCGCCAUGGUGGCGUCCUGCAGCUGCGAGCUGCUGUCGGAUGGUGUGUAUCGCGCCCCCGAGAGGCCGUGUCCCACCGCGGCGGAGCACUACAGCGCCCCCUCAGUGCGAAGCAGGGAGCCCCCCUUCACCCAGCACCCAUCCCACAUGCCUUUAGAGCGCUUCCUGCAGUCCCCAGAGGCCCAGGGCUGCAACGGCGCAGCAGGUAACCGUCUCCGCAUGAAACCCACAACAACACUCUCAACACAUGUAGCGCUGUGCUCAGGUGGCGCUGAAGGAACGAAGGAGACGGAGGCGGACGCCAGCUUGACCGGUUACCCCUGGUUUCAUGGGACGCUGUCACGAGUGCGAGCUGCUCAGCUGGUUUUAGCAGGCGGCCCCAGGAGUCACGGGCUCUUCGUGAUCCGGCAAAGUGAAACACGACCCGGCGAAUAUGUCCUCACAUUCAACUUCCAGGGAAAAGCCAAGCAUUUGCGCUUGUCUGUGAACGACAACGGCCAGUGCCACGUCCACCACUUGUGGUUCCACACGGUGUCGGACAUGCUGCGACACUUCCACACCCACCCGAUCCCGCUGGAGUCCGGAGGCUCGGCGGACAUCACGCUACGCUCCUACGUGCAGGUGCAAAGAAGCUGCGCUGCAGAAGUGUCAGUGCCUCCGGUCCUCACUCCACCGAGAGAAGCAGGCUGCAGGUCAGACUCAGCGCAGCCGGCCGUCCACCCUCCCGGGAUUGCCGCCACGGCGGCGCCUGCUGCUGAUGCCACGCUGUCCUCCAGCACCUCCUCCUCCCCCAUCGCCCUCCCCACCCUCUCCCGCAGCGACCCGGGCACCGGAGGAGGCCUGCAAAGCCGGACCAACAGCUCGGAGCGUCUGCUGGAGGCCUCUAGUGGCACUGCGGAGGACUACCACGAUGCUGACGGCACGCGCCGUGCCCGGGCUGUAGAGAACCAGUACUCUUUCUACUGACCAUUUCCCCACUUUCCUUUGGUUUCAAGGCUCCUGAUUUCGGGGCCUAGCAAGCGGACGACCCCCGCGGCGCCGCCGACACUUGUUGUGCCAAUCUGCAGCAGAGAAGCUGGAAGCAGCGUGUCCUGAUCCUCCGGCUAGGAAAGGAGGUGGUGAAGGUCUGGAGAGCAUCUGGCUUUGAUUUCCCUCAUCUCACCACUUCCUGUACACCCUCACUCACAGCCCUAUGGCCCUGUUUGUAAAGCUGCUUCGAGUCGGGUCUGGACAUCCCAGCGGGGCUUUCCCCCAAUCUCAAACAUGAUUACAGAGAUCGGGACAGAGGGGGGCGUGUUGCGAUCAAAUCCAAGGAGAAUAGGUCAGCGCUGCGCUACACUGGCCUCUGGUGACCCCCUGUAUGCCUCUACUGAAAUGCAUUUCUUUCAGAGGAAGGAUCCCCUUUCCUGUUGAACUCAAAUUAUGCUGACUCAGCUGAAACAUAUAGAUCAGUUUUUUCAUUUAAUGAUGGAUCAGUAAUGUCUCUGCUUUCCUCCCGAUAACAUAAGUACUUGAAUACAAUGAAUUAGUGCUGUUAAAUUUAAGAUCCAUUUUGGCCAAAACAAGUACUUUUAUGGUCAACUAUCUCUCUUACGUGCACGUUUGCAUUGCUAUCCUUGUGGGGACAUUGUGUGCCAUAACCCUUUCCCCAGCCUCUCACCCAGAACCCAACUAUCCAAAACAAAUUUAAACCCAAUCAUAAUGAUCCAAAGCAAGAUAAACCAGUACAUGUCGGCACUCUAGGUGACACGUACACACACACACAUAUGAAGGGACGCACCAGACUGUAUAUGGUGAUCACGUGUGUGAACACACACACACAAGCAGACACAAACAUCCUAUAGAAGGCUGGAUGCAUGCACCAUAUAUGGUGAUCACACAUGGAGAUGACAGAAACAGCAUGGAGUCGUGCAAGUAUCUGACGGAAGUGCAGUCACGCUGCACAGAUCUGGUGCUCACACUCAAACGUGGAGGCAGAGAAGCAUCUGAAAGGAUCAGUGGUCACACUUACAAUGGUAAAUCAAUACUUCCCCUCCUGUUUUCCCUUAAAUCCUUCCUUCCGCUGAAUCAUCUUUGUAUUUCGGCUGCAGUUGUGGUCACCAUCCAUCUCCUGCACUUUGAUGUGGUCGCUGAUGAAAGCCGACCAAAGAAUGCAUUUUAAUGUCCCGGUGUAAAGGGGGUCGACAACAUCCAGCCGGCUAAACUUCCGCGAAAAACCUGGGAAUCUGCUGUUUUCCUUGUCAUUUUACCCAGUAUUUUUGAAAUGAUGAGCGUGCAGUUCAGUCGUUUUCCACGGUCCCUCCGUCUGGUGCUGGUUCUGUACUUUAGCUUGUCAGUGAUGUGUAGACUAGAGACGCUGUUUAUACCAGUCGAACCGCUGCCUUGAAGAUGUAACACCAAACCCAGCGUUUAGCCCAGGACAGAGCUUUGAGAGAGGGUCCGAGAGUGAAGAUGGCCGUGCUUGAAGGGAACGUUUUUAAGGUCCAGGCAGGUGAAUAUUCAUUCAGUGGUCGAUCCUGCCGAACAAAGUGUUAGUUUGGACGUUAUAGCGGUGAUUAUAUUGAUAUAUAUUGAGGUUAAUGUCUGUUUUAAUACACUGUGGCUGGAAUGGUUUCAUAAAUGUGGGCUGACCGUAAUUGUAAUUAUUUAUUUAAAUGACACAUUUUACUUGUUAAAACUCAAGGAGUUUUUUUCUUAUGUUUAAAUAUUCUUAAUAAUAUUGUGGUCAGAGGUGUCAAACUCAAAAUUACAGUUGACAAACUGGAUUUAAUUUUGUGAAAUGUUGAAUCUGGACAUCCAAUGUGUAAGAGCUUCAACUGUUGCUGUGCGUUAUGGAGCAUGAAAUAGUGAUAGUGACGUUUAGCAUAUUAGUAAUAGGAAUUGUAAAAUUAUAUCAGAGGCCAAAACAGUUGUUGUCAGUCUUAAAAGUUUGACUUACAACCAUUGGAGGCCCUCUAGAGUAAUGUUAGUAUUAUGAUAUGAGCAAACUUUUCUGGCCUUUAUUCAUCAAACCAGUGCACUAGUCGCCUAAAUGAUCUACUAUUCAGUAGUUUGAGUUUUUUGAUGGCUCAUCUAACAAGAGCAGUGACUUUAAUAAACAUAGAUUUCAUAAAGAAACAAUCCCUUCAAGCAGGGCCAUGUGUCUGAGUGGACUGAGUAGUUCAUUAAUGUGCCAAUAAAAAUCCUACUUUUGAGACGUUUCUCCCGCUGAUGUUGUGAACCUUCACCCCCCAAAAGUUUUCUCUGAGUGCAAUGUCGAUCUAAGGGCCCUUUUCUCACAUAUCACUGAUCAACCACCCUCUUUAUUUUCUUAUCACUUCUUUUGAAAAACGAGCUGAUUUCUGUUGUCUGAGUUUUGAAGAGUCUGUGCAAUUUUGUACAAAGUGAUGUAAUUGACAUACUACUUUAUAUUUCUGUGAAUAAAACAUGAAUAAAUUAAAGCUUCUGGCGAUGACUACACG